AUGCGCCACCUGCUCUGUGUGUUGGUUCUCUCAUUCUGUUGUGUCUGCGGAUGUGUGCUGGCUACUGCAGGAGGUGAGGCCGCUGGAGUUGGCGGUGCUGCUGUACAGACCCGGGAUGGUGUUCCUCAUUCAGAAGAUGCAGAAUCAGAAACUCUUCAACAAUGUGAUGCCGAAGGGGAAGCGACGGAGAAACCUUGCAGACAAAAGCCCACAGAAGAGUUGUCUCCAGAACCUAAAAUAGUGAAGCAACAAGACCCUGAUCCCAAGAGAGAUUCACCAGACACUACCUUAGAGAUAAAAGGUAACGGUACUACACAUUCGCUUGAAGGUUCUCCACAGAGACAAUCCCAA